AUGGAAAAGGCAGCGGCAAUAGGUAAUAGCAGACAAUUGUUCAGACUUGUUAAGGAAACCGGAAUUAGGAAACCGACUGUUAGCGAAACAAUCUCAGAGAAAGAUGGACAUAUUAUACACUCUCAAUCCAGGAGACUUGAUCGAUGGGCAGAACACUUCAGGGAUCAGUUCAACUGGCCUUCAGCCACACUCCGGUUUCCCACAAUCUCCAGUCAAUAUGAAUGGCAAGUUAAUGUAAGUCCUCCGUCUCUUUACGAAGUUGAAAAAACCAUAAGAAAUCUGAAACGAGGGAUGGCAGCAGGCCCUGACAGGUUUACUCCUGAGAUUUUUAAGGAUGGUGCUCCAGUAUUAGCAGUGAGAUUAACUGAGGUCUUAGGUAGAAUUUGGGAACUGAACGUAAUCCCAUGUGACUGGUCUCAAUCACUGAUUGUGCCAGUUGUUAAGAAAGGACAAAAGUCCUCUUGUGACAAUCACAAAGGAAUCAGUUUGACUAAUAUAGUGUCUAAAAUAUUAGCCUCAAUAAUACUUCGACGCCUAAUCAAAGCACGUGAAGAGAAGACUAGAGAAAACCAGGCUGGUUUUCGACCUGGACGUGGUUGUAUAGACCAGAUAUUUACACUACGUCAGGUUCAAGAACACAGACACAUAUUCAGACGUCCCACAAUCGUAGUACUUCUCGACCUUAAGGCGGCAUUCGACUCUGUUGAUCGUGAGGUUCUAUAG